AUGCCUCGCUCCUUCCUGGUGGACUCGCUAGUGCUGCGCGAGGCGGCCGAGAAAAAGGCGCCCGAGGACAGUCCGCCGCCGCUCUUUCCGUACGCGGUGCCUUCGCCGCACGCACUGCACGGCCUCUCCCCGGGCGCCUGCCACGCGCGCAAGGCCGGGCUGCUGUGCGUGUGCCCGCUCUGCGUCACCGCCUCGCAGCUGCACGGGCCCCCCGGGCCGCCGGCGCUGCCUCUGCUCAAGGCGUCCUUCCCGCCCUUCGGCUCGCAGUACUGCCACGCGCCCCUGAGCCGCCAGCACUCGGCCGGGCCCCCUGGGGUAGCUCACGGCCCCGCCGCCGCCGCCGCCGCCGCAGCGCUCUACCAGACCUCCUAUCCGCUGCCCGACCCCAGGCAGUUCCACUGCAUCUCCGUGGACAGCAGCUCGAACCAGCUGCCCAGCAGCAAGAGGAUGCGCACCGCCUUCACCAGCACUCAGCUGCUGGAGCUGGAGCGCGAGUUCGCCUCUAACAUGUAUCUGUCCCGCCUGCGCCGCAUCGAGAUCGCGACCUACCUGAAUCUGUCUGAGAAGCAGGUGAAGAUUUGGUUCCAGAACCGCCGGGUGAAGCACAAGAAGGAGGGCAAAGGCAGCAACCACCGCGGCAGCGGCGGAAAUGCGGGUACCGGCGGGGGCGCACCGCAAGGCUGCAAGUGCGCCUCGCUAUCAGCCAAAUGCUCAGAGGAUGACGACGAAUUGCCCAUGUCUCCGUCUUCUUCGGGGAAAGACGACCGAGAUCUCACGGUCACUCCCUAG